AAAAGUCUUCCACGUAACCAAGAAAUUUCCUUCAGAUAUACUAUAUUCUAUGGCACAACUUCAGUUACAAUAUCUCCAACAAUAUGGCUGCUCAAUUUCUUGGUCUCUCUGUUGCCAUGCUUCUGUUUUUCAAUGUUCCAAGCAUCGCCAUUUCAAUUGAACUGGGAUCCGGCAUUGUGGCUGGAAGUGCCACCAGUUCAUCUUGGCGAUCAUCCUCCGGGGAAUAUGCUUUUGGAUUCUACCACCUUGUCAGUGGCCGCUAUCUUGUUGGUAUUUGGUUUGAUAAAAUUCUAGAAAAAACAUUGGUUUGGUCUGCAAACCGUGACAAUCCAGUCGAAAUUGGAUCAUUCAUCAAUCUCACACGAAGUGGCCAAUUUGUGAUCCAACCUCUCAACGGGGCUUCGUUUUCCAUCUACGAAGGAACAAACACUGCAUCAGCAGAAAUGAAGGAUGACGGGAAUUUCGUCUUGAAGAAUUCAUUUUCCAGCGUUAUAUGGCAGAGCUUUGAUUCACCCACGGAUACUCUUCUGUUAGGCCAAACUUUGAAUACCAGUCGGAAGCUCUAUUCCAAUGCCAAUGGAUCAGUGGACUAUUCAACUGGACAAUACAGUUUGGAGAUCCAACAAUCUGAUGGCAACAUUGUUCUUAAAGCUUAUCGGUUCACGGAUUCUGCCUACUGGUGGAGUGACACUGCCCAGAACACAGGUGUGAGAAUUAUUUUCGACAACACAACAGCUUUUCUUUACGCGGUCAAUGCAACCAACCAAAUUAUAUUUAACAUGACUACUGAAGUAGUGGGUCCAAUCGAAGAUUACUACCAUCGUGUGCUGGUGGAUGACAAGGGAAACUUUCAGAAGUUGAUUUACCACAAAGAGAAUGGAAGUGAGUGGAGAUCUGUGUGGCAGGCCGUAACAAAGCCUUGCACUGUGACUGCCCUUUGUGGGGUGUAUGGUUUUUGCAACACAUCUGGUUCUGACACCCAAACAUACAGUUGUGGUUGCUUGCCAGGCUAUACUCCUUUGGAUCCAACAGCACCUUCCAAGGGGUGCUAUCUCAGUGAGGUCAAGGACUUGUGUGCUGCAAAUUCUUCUGCCUCAAACUUUGAGGUGGAAGUGAAAGAGAUUCAAGAUGCUGAUAUACCAAAUUCCGGUUACUUUUUUCUUGAUCUGAAAGUUUUGGAUAGGAUGGAUUUGGAAAGCUGCAAGAAGGAACUGAUGCAUGAUUGUCUAUGUAUGGUUGCUGUUUUAGAUGGCAGUGCUUGCCAUAAGAAAAAGUGGCCAAUUAUAAAUGCCAUAAGAAUCAUCCCUGACACUAGUAAUCGUGUGAUGCUGAUUAAAGUUCCUCUGCUUGACAACAACAAGGACAACGAAAGGGAUUCAUCGUCUGUGGUUGUUUUGGUCGUGGCUCUCAUUUCUUGCUCCCUACUUGCUGUCCUGUUUGCAGCCACUGCCAUUUAUCAUCACCCCGUUUGUCAGCAUCUCAUGCACAAACAAGCACCACCAAAGCCAAAGACAAAGCCUAUGGAUAUCAAUCUAAGGGUAUUUUCAUUCCAACAACUGAGAGAAGCAACUAAUGGAUUCAAAGACAAACUUGGUCGAGGAGCCUAUGGUACAGUGUUUGGUGGGGUUUUAAACUUGGAGGAUCAACAGGUUGAUGUUGCUGUCAAACAACUUGAGGAAGUAGACGACCGAGGUGAUAAAGAAUUUGUGACAGAAGUUCAAGUUAUUGCUCUCACUUAUCAUAGGAAUCUAGUUGGUUUGGUGGGCUUUUGCAAUGAGCAGAGUCAUAGGCUUCUGGUUUAUGAGAAAAUGGAAAAUGGGACACUGUCCAACUUUCUUUUUGGAGGAGAUAGACCCAGCUGGGAGAGUAGAGUUAGGAUUGUGCUUGAAAUUGCAAGAGGCCUAUUGUAUCUGCAUGAGGAGUGUGACCAACAAAUCAUCCAUUGUGACAUAAAGCCUCAGAAUGUUCUGCUUGACUCUAGUUACACCGCAAAGAUUUCAGAUUUUGGGCUGGCAAAGCUGCUAAUGAAAGAUAAAACUCGAACAAACACAAACGCUAGAGGAACAAUGGGAUAUAUGGCACCAGAAUGGCUAAAAAAUGCUCCUGUUACUACAAAGGUGGAUAUCUACAGCUUUGGCGUGGUGUUGCUGGAAAUCAUAUUUUGCAGAAGGCAUAUCGAGUUGCAUGAAAUUGAGAAUGGAACAAUGGGUGAUGACAUGAUACUCGUGGACUGGGUUCUGUAUCUGGUAAUGGAAAGAAAUUUAAGAGCCGCAGUGAUUGAUGAUGUUGAAGUUGAAAGUGAUUUCAGUAGGUUCGAAAGAAUGGCAAUGGUAGGAUUAUGGUGUAUAAAUCCCAAUCCAAAUCUUCGACCAUCCAUGAAAAUUGUGGUACAAAUGUUGGAAGGAAACGUAGAAGUGGGUGUUCCACCACUCCAUUGAUACAGGGGAAAGAAAUACUGUGAAAAUAUUCAUUUAGACUAUGGCUUAAUUAAAUUAUAAAUAAUUCAUACAUUUAAUUGUUUUAUAGUUAUUUUUAAAAGACUUUCUUUAUUAAAUUUUGUAUUGAAUAUUUAAA